AUGCGGUUGGCUCGAGUUUCACGCCCUGAUCUCAUGCCCAAACCGCUCCACGCCCUAGAUCUCUCCGACAGUUCAGACCUGACCAUGACAGCCUGCAUGCAUCUCGCGCCAGACUCACUCUUCGCUCCCUCCACGUUUUCGCAGCUUUAUCUCCUGUUUGUCCGGAUUGGCCUUCGUCCGAACGAAGGCGCAUGGCGUUAUGUCAGGCCGUAUCACCGAAACAUGGUGAAGGUGCUCAACCAGACCCUCGGCGACGCUGACAAGUUCUUGUCCAAGAUACAACCAACCCAUGUCAUCCUGUGCGCCAUGCUAAUUGUUCUACUCGUCCAGCUAGAGCGACUGAUUAGUCAAGCAAGCGCGAGCUCCCGCUCACGGCGCUAG